AUGAUCCGCCGGGUCCUGCACAAUCUGCGGAAACACCAGCUACCGCUGCCAUCGGCUCGCAUGGCGGUGAAAACCGUGGUGCCCGUGCUGGCCAUCGUGGCAGCCAUGGUUAUCUACAUCCAAGCAUCAAAACUGGGCCAGUACUCGAAAUUGUCGCACUACAGGCCGGAUUCGCGGUCCGAAAACUCGGCGGUCGCGCCCAAUGGCGUUUCCUUCCACGACUACCAUCGUAUCGAUCCAUCCAUCAAACUUGAGCAGAUCAAGGGAACCAAGUUAUCGCCGUUGGAGCUUAUCCCAGGCUUUAAUUCAGAUAUGCGUAGGCGCUACAAGGCGUCCUGGGAUUAUCUGGGUCGUGGCCACCGUUUCAAACAGUUUAAAGACCUCACCAAGGAAGCCCAGUGUUACUUCUACUUCCAUCAGGUAUACACUUUGACUCCCGACUGGAGUAAUAGCUACGACAAAUGGGACUUUAUCAUCAACGACGACUCCCUCUCACUAGAAGACGAUGUGGACGACGCUACCAGAGAAGCUUUGAUGGACCACAGGCGUGAAUCCGCCAUGUCACUUGGCACUGAACGCAUGAGGAUGUAUGAUAUGUGUUUCGUGUCGCAAGUGGCCGAAACAAUUGACAUGGCCAAAAUGUUCCGCACCAUGCAGCAAAAAGAUUCCUCUCUACCGUCUAACCUACAAUGGGACUUCGAGCAACGUAUGUGGCCUUUCUUGGCCCCUUACAACGCAACCUCUUUCGAGAAAGUCAUGCCAAAAAUCAUCACUCCACAGGGCGAAAUACUGGACCAAGGUUAUAUUCCAAACAUACACCACAUCGGCAAGGAACAGGGCACGCCCAGUGCCGUCAAGUACGUCUAUGACGAGAAGCAUUCAUUUCUGUGGAACUGGAACCAUAUGAGUUCCACUGUCGCUCCAAGGGGUAUUGUUCUCAGCUUUGGUGACGGGCAAAUAGAGUUGGCCUCAAAGCUCAUUGCCCAUUUCCGGUUCACCGGUAAUGAAUUGCCAAUCCAGGUUGUAACUAAGGGUGAUAUUUCGCGCGAAACGAUAGACACGAUUCAAAAACUAGCACAUUCUGAUGACAUUCAAUUCCCUACGACCGAUUACAAACAUAGUAAAAACGUCAAGCAAAAUGUUUGGUUUGUCGAUGUUUCUCCAACUUUGCACCCUCUUGUCAUAGAUUCUUUUGAGCGGUUCAAAAACAAGUGGCUGGCGGCUGGUCUUAAUCUAUUCGAAGAAUAUGCCUUUGUGGACACAGAUGCCAUCAACUACGUUGACAUGAACUUUUUCUUUGAUGAAACUGACUACGUCAACACAGGUGCUUUGUUUUUUAAGGACCGCUUUCUCGAAGAAACCAUAGGGGAGCAAAAGUGUCCCGCCAUGAUCGAGACGCUACAACCAAGAUUUUUGGAAAAAUACUUCUUCGGCCAUUUCCCCGCAAUCAUUAGUGAUUACGUUGAGGAACAAUGCGAUAACUAUUUGGACCCAAAGGAGAUCACCUUCAAGGACUAUUUUUUCAACAUCAAGAAGCAUCAAAUGGAUUCUGGCCUGGUGGUUGUUCACAAAAACUCGCAUAUUACUUCACUCAUGAUCUCACUUAUGAUGCAUAUGACGCCAAAAUUGGGCGGUUGCAGCUACGGUGACAAAGAGUUCUUUUGGUUAGGAUUUUACGUUUCCGGUCACGACUAUUCGUUCCACACAUCGCGGCCAGGUGCAUCUGGCGUGUUAGUUAACGAUCCGAAGGUCGACAGCCAGAUAAAACAACGCAAAAGUGAGGUCUGCAGCAUCACAAUUUCCCAUUUAGACCCAGAGCACGGUUUGCUAUGGUUGAAUGGUGGGGCUCAAAACUGUAAGUUUGAUGCCUCAAAAGACGAUUGGGAAGCUGAAAGCUUGCAUAUGUCUUCUAAAUUUUCGAGUUUUGAAGAGAUGCGAAGCAACUACAACGGCCCCGUUAAUAUGCAAGCUGGUAUCAUACCUGCUGAUAAGCAAGGUGCUUGGGGUAAACCGGACCAGCGCUGUAAAGGUUAUUAUUAUUGUGCCAGAUAUGAGAAACACAACAAGCCUUAUUCCUUCAACAAAAUAUUUGAAAAGGGCAAGCUCGUAGUAUUCAGCCCUGAGCAAAAAGACAAGUACAAUGCUAUCAAUAGUGUUUGGGUUCAUAACUACUUGUAA